AAUCGGGUUGUAGUACAGAGGUCCAGCGGUGUGUGCUGUUUUUGACACACACAGGUUCCGCUUCAACAUCGGCUCUAACACCAGCUCGCUUCAUCAUUUUACUGCUUUUUUUUACCUGCAUACAGUGGGAUGUGUGAUGGAGUGAGUUUGGUUGCCAUGGUGAUGCAGUGGAGGUGUAUGUGUGUGCUGGUUCCUGCAUUGCCGUGGCAGUGAGUGUGUGUUUGUGUGUGUGUGUGAGUGCGAGUGUGUGAUGCUGCGCUGGACAGUGUGUUUGGACGGCGGCCCCCGCAGGGUGAAUCACGCCGCUGUGGCUGUGGGACAUAAAGUUUACUCGUUCGGUGGUUACUGUUCAGGGGAGGACUACGAGACGCUGCGGCAGAUCGAUGUGCAUAUCUUCAACACCGUGUCCAUGCGGUGGACGAAGCUUCCUCCAGUGAGGACAGGAGGUCGGGAACACGCUCGUGAAGUUCCCUACAUGCGUUAUGGACACACAGCCGUGUUGGUGGAAGAUACCAUCUACAUCUGGGGGGGGAGGAAUGACACAGAGGGAGCAUGUAACGUACUGUAUGCCUUUGAUGUUGGCAGUCACCGGUGGUGGACACCGAAGGUCACAGGGACGGUUCCCGGGGCGAGAGAUGGACACUCGGCCUGCGUCCUCAACAAAGAUAUGUACAUUUUCGGGGGAUAUGAACAACUGGCUGACUGUUUCUCCAAUGACAUACACAAGCUGGACUCUGUCACCAUGUGCUGGAGUUUAAUUAAAGCUACAGGAACCCCAGCGAGGUGGAGAGAUUUCCACUCAGCGACAAUUAUUGGCAGUAAGAUGUUCGUGUUUGGGGGACGCGCCGAUCGCUUCGGUCCGUUUCACUCCAAUAACGAGAUUUACUGCAAUAAGAUUAAAGUGUUUGAUACUGAAACUAACAGCUGGCUCAACACACCCACCAAUCAGAUCCAGCCCGAGGGACGCCGCAGCCACUCAGCAUUUUCAUAUAACGGAGAGUUGUAUAUAUUCGGAGGCUACAAUGCUCGACUGGACCGACACUUUAAUGAUCUAUGGAAAUUUAACCCAGAGACAUUCUGUUGGAAGAAGGUGGAGCCAAAGGGGAAGUUCCCAUGUCCCCGCAGACGACAGUGCUGUUGCAUUGUUGGAGAUCGAAUCAUCCUCUUUGGAGGGACGAGCCCAUGUGCAGAGCAGGGAAUGGGUGAUGAGUUUAACCUGAUGGAUCACUCUGAUCUCUACAUCCUUGACUUCUGUCCAAACCUGAAGACUUUAUGCAAAUUAGCUGUGAUUCAGUACAGUUUAGAACAAUCAGGACUGCCACAUGACAUCAGGUGGGAACUGGCUGCCAUGACGACCAACAGCACCAUCAGCCGACCCAUCUUUUCAUCUCAUGGAUAAACACACUCUCUCUCUCUCUCACACACACACACACACACAUUCACCAUGUUGGAGGACGAACUACAGUUUAUUGACUCUGAACAUUAAUCCACUUUAUUCACACUGUGUGUUAAUUUAUCUUGUGUUAAUGAGGGUAGCUGUAAGUGUGUUAGAGAGAAGUGUGUGUGUGUGUGUGUUUUAGAGUAUGCUAUGUAGUGUGUAUUAAUACAUGUGUUAAAGAGUGAGUGUGUGUGAGAUAAUGAGCAUGUUGUUAAUGAGCGUGUGUUUACAUUGUGUUGGAAUUAGAAGGCAGUGUCCCUAGGCAGGCAGCAUGUUCAGGCAGCACUAGCACACUUCUGAGGGGAAGCUCUGAGGAACCUUCUCAUUCUGUCCUAAUUUGAGAGCAUCAUGUGACCUUCUCACUGUAAACAAUCCCAUACUGAAUCAUGAUGAAGUGAGAAACGUCUCACAGAUGUCUGUGACUCAACACUAACAGUGUUAUUUGUGUGAAUUGACUUUGGGAAGUCGUCCUUGUUAUAAUUAAUGUAACUUCUUUAAUGUGCUGGUUAGCCCUGGUUAGCCCUGGUUAACUCACCUGUUGCGUUACGAGUGAAGUGCGCAGUUUGUGUUGAUUAGGUUAAAUUGUGACUCUAGUUACAGAGCCAUGUUUAGGUAAAGUGAACAAUGAGUGAAUGACGCUGAAUAAAUAAGCGAGUUUUAACAAACAUGCUGCUGCUGAGCUUCUGUUCCAGCUGAACUGCUGACCAGUGAGAGACAGAAAAAAAGACAUCUGUAGUGUAAUUAAUGCUAGCUAGUAACACUAGUCCAUAACUCUGUUUAAAGCUGAGGUGCUUGUGUCUCAGCAGAUAAGAAAAUGGUGUGGAUAGAGCCAUGGUUAAAAUGAGAAAAUCAGAAGACAUCUUAAAAUAUUCUAAACUGGGAUUUAAUGUUCAGGUUAAAGAUCCAGGGUGUGAAUGAUGGAAGUGUCUGCUGUGUCCCAGGAGAGGGUUAUGGGAUUGUUUUCUCCGAGAGUGACACUCUGAUGUUUGUUAGGGUCCCUAAUAAACAAGUAGAGAUAGAAUUUAUCUCUUCAUCAGCAUGCUGCCUUUGUAGGGAGCCUCCUGAGGGGACUACGGGACAUGGUGAUGGGAGCUGUGUGAUUAUCAGCACAUGAAUAAUAGACACGAGGAAACAGUGUCAACAUUUUUAUUGGUGAAAUGUAUGUAAAUAAACCUUUCUGUAAACAGCAGUGUGUGUGAUAUUAAUGACUUGGUGUGUGUGUGUGUGUGUGUAUAUGAGAGUGUGUGUGUGUGUGAGAGAGAGAGAGAGAGAGAGUGUGUGUGUGUGUGUGAUGCACUCCACCUGUUGAGCCAUUUUCCUGGAACCUUAAACUUCAGCACUAAAUGAGCUUCACUCACCAACACAGUCAUUACACAGCACCCCCCCCUUUCUCCCUCCCUGCCCCCCCCUCUGCCCCCCCCCCGUCUCUCUCUCUGUCUCCCCCUCUUUCUCCCUCUCCCUCUCUUUCUCCCUCUCUCUCUCUCUCUCUCUCUCCCCCUCCCCCCCUCUUUCUCCCUCUCCCUCUCUUUCUCCCUCUCUCUCUCUCUCUCUCUCUCUCUCUCUGUCUCCCCCUCUCUCUCACUCCCCCCCCCUCGGGACUGACACUCAGUUUGGUAAUGAGACGUUUGAGUCGAGUGAAGGUUGUUUUGAGCUGCUGAUGGUGAAAGAUGAUGAUUUAUUGAUUUAUCACUUUAACCCUGAACCCCAUCACCAUAGUAACAACAUGCUCUGGGAUUAACAAUGACUUCUAACCAUAAUGAAAAUAACGUUAGUGAGACGUUCCAUGAAGGAAUCGACUCGUAUACUUGUCCAUCUUUAUGAAGCUCUUUACAACAUUCCAACUCGUGAAAAUGUAGAACAAUAAAAUUUUAUUUUUUUCACAUCUAA